AUUUCCAGCAGACGGGUUCAUGAGAUCGCAACUCCGCUGCUAGACGUCGACACCUCACCACGAGGCUUGCCGUAGCCCUUCCGCGUGCACCAGUUCCUCCCUCUGCUGACGCCGACAGACGGUUUCUGGCUGUCAUCCUCUCCUUUCCCAGGUGUCCUUCGCUUAAAAGGCACGCCGCCAGCAGCAACCACUCCCUCUUGGGAGCUCUACAGCACCAUGUCCAAAACCACUCUUGCCCUCAUCGCAGCUGCCAGCGCCGGUGCUGGUGCUGCUGUUACCGCGGGCAUGUACUCGUUACGAUCGCAGUCAGAGCGUAAGCUCGACACAAAGACCAUCUCAACCACCACAACCACCGUCUCGACCUCGCCCUCCGCUGUACCUGCUCCCGUCCCGAUUCCGGCCAAGCAGGUCUUUACGCCUCCGAACCAGCAGAUGCUUUCGACCUCUUCGCCUUCCGUCCUCAGCACGGCUCCUGUCGACCCCGCAGGUCUCUUUGACUACGGCUUCCCUGGCCCCGUCUCCGAUAUUGCAUCCAGAGAAGCCCUCGUCUCCUCGUUCGACAGGAGAACCCGCAAUCCUCACUGGGUAGUCGAGCACAUCACCCCAGCCUCGCUCGCACAAAGAGGCGGCGACAGGCAACACAGCACAUUCCUCGAGGAUGACGGUGUGCCUGAAAAGUUCCGCGCCAAGCUCAAGGACUAUUACCGCUCUGGCUUCGACCGUGGCCAUCAGGUGCCUGCUGCCGACUGCAAGUGGAGCCAGAAAGCCAUGGAUGAGACCUUCUUCCUCACCAACAUGAGCCCCCAGGUCGGCGAGGGCUUCAAUCGCGAUUACUGGGCGCACUUCGAGGACUUCUGCAGGCGCCUGACCACGCGUUAUCCGAGCGUCCGCAUCGUCACGGGACCGCUGUACCUGCCUAAGCGCGAUCCAGUCGACAACAAGUGGUACGUCAAGUACGAGAUGAUCGGCAACCCGCCCAACGUCGCGGUCCCGACACACUUUUACAAGGUCAUCUUUGCCGAGGACGGCCGCACGGGCGGCAACGUCGCCAUUGGCGCCUUUGUCCUGCCCAACGCCGUCAUCCCCAACGAGAAGCCCAUCACCGACUUCGAGGUACCGCUCGAGGCCGUCGAGCGCGCCAGCGGACUCGAGUUCGCCACCAAGCUGCCCAUGACACGGCGCAGGAGGCUCUGCGCCGACACGACGUGCGCUCUGGUCAUCAAGGAUUAUGCCGCCAGGCAGAAGGCUUUUGUCAAGAAAUGAGCACACACCGCCACUGCGCGUUCAGUGAGCCUUCCUUUCUGAAGCGUGUAUUCCGUCUUGGGGUCGAUAUCGCAUUCUGGCGUUCUUUUUGCAUGGGAUAGACUGGAGUUCCUUAAUACUCCUUGGGUAUUCUCGUUGUCGACAAGUCCAGCACAGGCCUCUGGGGAGGACGUUUCUAGCCACGAGCAUGGUCAUUCAUCGUUUGAGCACAAUCUGGUACUUCUGAUUUAGGUCAGCCGACCUCUCGCCGCGCUGCAUUCACGAUACAUGAUUUGCUGUACAUGUUGGGCACUGCACGAUUCACACGAUACUUGGGAUAUUGACGCUGGGAAGGAACAGGCAUUCAUCAAGAAUGUAACUUUGCAUAUAGGCCUGGAAGGCGCUUUGUUUUAUUUUCCUGCGCGCCCGUAGAUAGCAUCCACACACAGUUGACAGCAUUUACACAUAUGUUCAUGCAUGAAG